AUGUCAAAAGCCCGAGUAAGUCCAUUGCAAUCUAUUAGUAUACCAAGACUUGAGUUACUUGGAGCUGUCCUCGGUUUACGACUUGCAGAGAAGAUUGUCAAGGCAUUGAAGCUGGAAACUAAGGACGUAACUAUAUGGUGUGAUCGUCUUAAAGUUUUAUGGUGGAUAAAAAAUCAAAGUCGAAAGUUGAAACCAUUUGUUGCCAACUACUUUCGUAAAAAGGGUGAUAUAGCAGCUGAUGAAUAUCAUGAAAGCGAAAAAGAAAUCAUAGCUAAAGCUCAAAAAGAAAGCUUUAAAGAAGAAUAUAGCACCAUUAAAAAAGGAAAACCGAUAUCGAUAUCAAGCAAAAUUAUUUCUUUAAAUCCGCAAAUUGACAAAGACGGAUUAUUGCGAUCUUGCAGUCGAUUGCAAAAUGCCCAUUACUUACCCUAUGAUCUCAAGUAUCCAAUCAUUUUGUUGAGAGGACAUACAAUAACAAAAUUGAUUGUUAAGCAUUACCAUGACGAAGCUAAUCAUGUGAUGGGAACAAAUCAAUUAUUAACAAAACUAUCAGAACAAUAUUUGGUAAUACGAGGAGGAGAAGAAAUCCGAGAUGCAGAAGCAAAAUGCAACAAAUGUAAAUUAAAAAGAUGUAAACCUGCUCAACAGUUGAUGGCCCCUUUACCAGCAAUGCGCUUUAAAGAACCACUACGUGCGUUUGCUAGAAUUGGUAUCAAUUUUGCUGGUCCAUUUCUUACUAUGCAAGGUAGAGGGAAGAUACGACAAAAGAGAUACUUGUGCUUGUUUACCUGUUUACUAUCACGAGCAGUACAUCUUGAGAUGGCUUAUAAUCUAGAUACUAAUUCAUUCCUCAAUGCCUUUUAUCGAAUGGUCAAAACUGUCAAUGUGCAAUGA